AAGAGGGGAGGGUGUGUGCAUUGCAUCUCUCCCGCCCGGCUCACUCGCUCGGUGUUCUUACAGUGAGAAAGUUAAAGAGACUGAGAAUAAGGUAGAAAGUGAGGCAAAGAAGGUGAACUGUGACAAGGAAGAGACUGCUGUUGUGUUAAAAGCCUGGGAUGGUGAGGGCGUGCACCGGCGUGGGCGUGGGUGUGGCGGCGGGAUGGUGGUGGUGAGGGCCGCGGCUGGUGGUGAGGCCGCGGCUCUGGUGGUGAUCACUAUCCUAGGCGUGAUUGGAAACGCCGUCGUGGUGGUGACAUUACUCCGCCGCUCUCUCCUGCACCACCCUUCCAAUAGACUGGUGCUGAGCCUCACAGCAAGCAACCUUCUACUGACGCUAGUGGUGCUGCCCGUCUUGGUGGCUUCUGUGGUGCUGGGGCCGCCUUACCAUGACCCCAACUCACCACCACGCACUACCUUCCUAGUCCUCGCCUCUCAGAACUCUUCCCUUGCGAAUGCUACUGAACAAGGUGUCUCCGCUUUGAGACUGGAGCGGAGUGUGGCGCCAGAGGAAGUCACCAGUCAUGAUGUUGAUCCACAGCCCGUCUGGGAGUCACUGGAAGGGGAACAGGACCUGGCGGAGUCGUGGAUGGGUCCUGAUAACGCCACAAGAGGCCUGGAGGAGGAGGAGGAGACGGCGGUUCAGGAUAGAGUGGGGUCUGCCUGGGGUGGCGGUGGAGGUGUAGGGUCUGCCGCCUUGUGCCAGGGAGCCGCCUUCCUUGCAAAUCUUGUCACUGCUGCCUCCGCUAUCACUGUGGCUAUCAUUGCCCUAGACCGGUACCUGGCUAUAGUGCGGCCCAUGGUGUACGGUGUGACGGUGACCGGGAACAGGUGUCUGGUGCUGCUGGCCUGGUGUUGGGUCCAGGCCACCCUCACCGCCCUGCCUCCACUGCUGGGAUGGGCAAGGUAUGAACACCAUGGGCCAGAGGGGCGGUGUGGAGUAGCGUGGGACAGCUCCCCUUCCUACACAAGCAUCUGGGUACUGAGUGUGUUUGUUGUGCCCAUUGUCAUCAUGCUCAUCUGCUACUACUUCAUUCUGCAGGUUGCAAGAAACAAAUGCCGUCGUAUACACGUUGGCACUGUGUUGGGCUCCAGGGGGUCCACCAUCACCCCAGACGCCUCUUCUGUGUGUGUGGAGGUCCCGGCACCACCCAGCAGCACCAGCCUGGAAGUACCCCCAGGAAAUGGCACCACACUGCCACACGAACUGAGCCUCCCCAGGGCAAAUGGGCAUGUGGUGGGGAAUGGGAGGGGUCCAGACACAGGGCAGAAGGUCCCAGGGAGUGGCCCAGAUGCCCCAUCCUUGCCAGUCCCCACUCUGCUGGUGUCUGGUCUGGAGGUUCCCAAGGGAGGCCCAGUAAUUCCUAACCGAAGCCGCAGCGUAAAUGGAGUAAAUAGGGUCACUGAGGUCGGUGGUGCCACUCUGGUGCCAAAAAGGAGGCUGGCAGAAUGUGGCCGUUCACUGUCGUUCAGUCAACAGCGGUCUCAGCUGGUGCGGCCAUGCCUCCGCCGGGCACAGAGCAACAUCUCCAUGCGGCCUUCCACCAUCAGGAAGAAGCUGAGCAUUGGUGGCCGCAAGCCCUCCUGGAGCUGGGAGGCGUCACCUGCCAAAGGCUUCAGGACUGUGUGUGUGGUGGUUGGAACACACGUGUUCUCCUGGGCACCCUACACAGCCCUGGCAGUGGUGGAGGCAGUGUUGGGGCCACAGCGCACUGAUCUCAUUCCUCACUGGGCCACUGUCACCUCCACACUGCUCCUGUUUACUGCCAGUGUGUUCUAUCCCAUCGUGUAUGGCCUUUACAACCGCAGUAUCAGGAAGGAGGUGCUGGCGUGCGUGUGUCCCAGCAGCAGUCGGGCACGCAGGAGGAGCUGCCACCGCCACGCCUCCACCCUUAACUCUAACACAGGAAGUGUCCUGGAUUUCUCAUCUCUUCGUCAACGGGACAGUGAUGAGCAGCAGCAGCAGCAGCAGCAGCAGGAGAUACUUGCUGCAAACACCCUCAACAAAGGGUGCAACCCAGUUCCUAUCAAGACCAUAUCAGGCACCUUGACUCCUCUGCCUCCACUCCUGCAGCUCACCGAGUGUGAGGGGCUUCCUCUGCGAGGCUACAACUUCAGUGCCAGGAAGCCAUCACAAGAUUCGGAUUGCUGUUUGUAUGAACCUUCUCCAGCACUUGCUAAACGGGAAGUGGAGUCAGGGGCAGUGAUGGGCAGCACAGAUGACACUGACUCUGACCUGGAGGGCACAGUGCCACCUCCACAGCCGCACCGACCGGCCCGGAGAGUGUCGGCACCAAGCAUCCUGGACACGGUGUGUGAGGACCCAUUCAUCACUAGAGCAGUGGUGCAUAGCAACAACAUGUGUGGUGGUGGUGGCAGCAGAAGGGGCAGUAGUAGUAGUAACAGUAGCAGUGUGAGCAGGACUUCUCUGAGUGUGUCAAGAAAGCUGCCUAUACUGCCCCUGUCUCCACAGCUCCUGCGGGCGCGGUACAACCGCAGGCUACCAAUGUGGCGUUCACACAGUCUUGAGAAACUAAGUAGCUCUGGUGACAGCUGUCAGGAAAGCUUAUUACUGUUGAAGAAGGGAGUUUUGCCCUCACCAAAGACUAAAAAUUUUCUGUCACCACUUGUGAGAGAGACCCAGUUUGGCGAACUGGCCCGUGAUCGUUCUCAAAGGCGAGGUUCUGCUUCUGCUCGGAAAGUGAUGGCCAUUCCUGAGGACACCGGCAUCUUGGAGUGUCCAGAGAUUUCUGACUCGGGCCGGGGAAGUGUGGACAGCGGGGAGGCGAACAAAAGUCGUGCCAACAGGGAGAUCAGCAUCGAUGAAGGCAUUGGAGCAGAGUGCCUGAUGGAAGAAGACAGUGUGUCUAAUGUAUAGUUAAUAAUACAGACCUCUAAGGGAUGAAAUCUUCUACAUGAAUGAAACAAGGUAGAUUAAUGUUAAUGAAAAUAAUAUCUUGGAGCAUUAAAGAAGGUUAAUGAAAGAAAUAUUUUGAACAUUAAAGAAGUGAUGAAAGUUGUGGGAACAAGACUGGCUCCAAAGCAGUGACUGGUGUGUGAUCAUGUGACACUUCCUUAGAGUUCUAGUUCUCCAAGUCAGAAUAUCUACCUUGUUUUGUUUGGAAAUGGGGAGUGUGGUGAUGGACCAGGAAUGAGGAAUGAAACUUUUGUGACAAUGAUAAUUAUUUUUUUAAGUCUACCAUACAACUGCUACCUCACUUCAGACAUGAAGUGUUGUCAACAUGCCAAAAAUACAUAAUUAUAGCCUGACAGGAAUCUCUGCUGCUGAGCGGCCACUGGAACUUGAAACACGUGUGUCCCUCAGUGAGCAGCGAGCACCAGCCAGCCUUUAGUGUUGUGUGUGUGCUGGUUAUAUCACCAAGAAGCCACAGAAGGUAAGGCCCUGAGGAGGGCUGCAAGGAGUCAAUGUUGUGUUUGAUGUGUGUAGCUACAUAAAGCAAUCAGUUUCAGGCAUUACUACAGAAUCAGUCCCAGCAGGUUGUCUUGCUAGUCUGAAUUCAUAGAAUUAAGAUCAUGCCAGUGAAGGUCUUGCACAGGUUGUCUUAUAUUCUGAAUUGUUGUACACUAAGUGUCUCUGCCCAUGAAGUUUGGGUUAGAACUCUUUCACCCUCUUCUUUUUUAAGCUAAAGUUUUGACAUGCAUUCCACCAAACGUUUGGAAGACUGCAGAAGUAUUUCCCUGUAUAGGAAUGAAGGUGUUGACAGUGUGUGCAAGCUGUUCAAGCUGACCACUGAACUCCUUGUGCUGUUACAGUGUUAAUUCUUAAUGGUGAAAGUUGACCUAUUUUAACUGGGAGCAGUAUUGAAAUAGUGCCAAACCGAUGGUGGCGCCAGCAAUGAGUGGUGAUGCGUUAACAGCUAACUGAUGCCAAACUAUUUAAGAUUCCUCUUUAUUAUAUUAUUUUCCUACCUUCAAGGGUAAUUUUGCUUGCACUGAUAAGGUGGAAGUAAAUGGUUGUAUACAGUAAUGACAUCUUAUAAGCAACUCAGUGAUGACAGAAAGACAAGUGAAGAUUAACUUGAAACAUUUUUUUGUCUUGGCUGCUAAUUUUUACUGAAACGUGAUCUUCCAAUUCUUUAAAACUCAUCUUGAACAACAUUGGAAAUUUUUAUGAUGAGUUUCAUAUGUAAAGCGUGUCAAAUUCAAUAAGAGCUGGACCUCCCAGAUAUUCAAAAAGUUUGAGAGGUUGAAACCAAAAUGCAUUACUGCAAUGUUGUCUUGCAACAUAAACCUUAGUCAUAAUUGUGUAGAUAUUAGCUAUACAUUGGUGUACAUGGUCUUCCGCACUUUUGGGUAAUCACAUACACAGACUCAUGCUUUUCAUGAUGAGGUUUCCUCUUUAGCUCUGACAAUAAGCUUGAUAGAUUAGUUCGUGGAAGUGAAAUGUGCAAGACCAGGAAGCAUAACGAAACAACAAUACCGAGGGCAUUCUCAUUUUAGUCAGCUUAAUCAAGCCAUAUCUUUUGUGUAUAUCUCUUCCCCAGUACACUAAUUAUAUAUGUAUUUUUUAAUAAUCUUGUAUGCUUUCCCCUCAACUUCCAGACACGGGUGAACCUUUUCCUAUCCAUCUGUUGUAAACAUUGAUGUGUUUAGGACAAAUACAAAUACAGAAGUAGACAUGACAUUUAACUUAUAUACUGUAUGUGUUAUGACACUUUAGGGUACUGUACAGAAUAUACCUUCAGUGUUUUCAUAUGUCUUUGUGAUGGCACUCAGUCCCCAGGUAGAGAACAGCCACCCACAUGUACUUGUAUGUAUGCAGAGAUGGCCACAACAGACUUAUUCUUUUACACAGGUACUGAUCUGCAUACCAAAAACAUUAACUUCCACAAAAUGUAAACUCAACAUUUUUAUUUCUUCCAGUGAUACAACAUCAGUUUCAUCACAUUCAGAAUACUGCCUGAUGCUUUUGUCAAAUUUAGGAUAUUUUUCACAUUCAAUUAUCUCCAGUUAUGAGGAUCCUCCACUACAAAUCUGUCUUCAUCUAUGCUAUUCUUACUGGCAAUAGCUGACUUUAUGAAGACUUGAAUGCAGCAGAUUACUGAAGUGAUUGUAAAGGUGGUCAGCUCUGCUCAUAUGUAUAGUCACCAUUUGUGAUGUGAGGAUGGGAAGCAAGUAUGUAGAAGUCAAAGAGAAGGCAUAGGUGGGUGCUGUCCAGGCCCUAAUUGCUUCUCCUGACCAAAAAGGGAAUAAUGUGAAGGGCAGCAAUGUGACAGGUGAGUGAGAUUUGUGAGGUGACGUGUGGUGUGUGUGUGUGUGGUUUCUGGUCAGUCACUGUGAAGCAGAGUAGCAAGAUACGAGUAAAUGUUCAGAGCAGCAGUCAAUGACAUGUUUGUUUUGCGAAUAUUUUUAUAAUUUGAUGUAUGCACUUUAUUUGUUAUUUUUUUUAGUUAUUUGUUUCGGAAAGGAAUGAAGAUAAAAACCACUGACAAAAACUUAAUGGGUAUCCUGAGAGAGAGAGAGAGAGAGAGAGAGAGAGAGAGAGAGAGAGAGAGAGAGAGAGAAUUACGUAAGUGAUAUGUACCUAAAUCUUGGACAAUAGUAUAUUUAACAGAUAUUAUGUCUUAAGUAUGGGGAUGUGAGGGACUGUGAACUGACAGUGUUAGGGGAAAAUAAAUAUCUACCUAAAGGAACGAUAUAAACCCAACAAAAGAUUAUAUGUAGUACCGGUGGCCAUUCCAUUGUGAUUCAGGAAGGGAGUGAGAGAGAGACAGGAACAAACACUAUGAGCUACAGACUGCUUGUAUUCACACUGAUCUGCUGGGUAGGUGGGAUGGAGGAGGGGCAGUGAGGAGAGGAUGAGGGAUGUGCAUUUAUACAGAGAUGUGUGUGUGCUUCUGUGAUAUGUGGCGUUCGGCCAGUGACGAGGUAGAACGCUAUGAUGAUAUUUACUUAAAUGUCCGUUCCCUGCAUGACGCAACAUAAAUGUCUCGAUGUACAAUGUAAGAAUAUAUUUUCUGUCCCAUAAACAUGUGAUCCUG